AUGAGGUUCAUGCGGCUACAGGGCUCACAACUUUUUAGGUUCAAAAGGAAGACGGGGCAGCUGCAGGCAGGAUCCCGUCUGGGAAGCCUGUUCAACUUCACCAGCCCGCCCCGGUGGCGACCGCCUGUGUUCCCGGCCGCUGCCUCGUCCUCCUCUUUCCCCGCCGCCACUCCGGAGCUCCUCCAGCGCCCCGCACCUGCCUGGCUCCGGCCGGGGCGGCGCUGCCUCGCGUCAAACUUGCGCUUUACUUGGAAGGAGCCGCCGCCGCCGCCGCCACCCUUGUCCGGUCCCGUCCCGUCCGGGCUCGGGUUGUCCUCUUCUGAUCAGGAGGCACCCAAAGAGAAGCUGGCGGCAGAGCUGAGGGGCCGCCUGGACAAGAUCCGUGCAUUGGCGCAGAGAGUCCAGCGGCCGGCGGGCUCCCUCCCAGAGGCCGAGGGUGACCUAAGGAGUCGGCUGAAGCGGGCUCGGCUGCUGGAGGCCAAGAUCAGCCAAAGGAAAGCGUCCAGAGGAGAGGAGGAAGAGGAGGCCGCUCAGCACCAGCGAGGGAGAAAGGAUCCUCUGGACUCGACCGCAGAGAACAGCGAGAAGACACCGGCCUACCAGCGCUUCCACGCCCUUGCCCAGGACGUCCCCCCAGGACUCGCUCUGCCCUACAAGUACAAGGUGCUGGCCGAGAUGUUUCGCAGCAUGGAGACCGUCGUGGCGAUGCUCUUCAACCGCUCAGAGACGGCCACCUUUGCCAAAGUCAAGCAAGGGGUCCAGGACAUGAUCCGCAAGCAGUUUGAAGAGCGCAAUGUGGGCCAGAUCAAGACUGUGUACCCCACCUCCUACACCCUGCGGCAGGAGAAGAACGUGCCCAGCUUUGGCAGCGGCCAGAGGCGACCCGCCUACCAGCUGACCCUGGAGCCAGUCCUAAAGGCCGGUGAGAAGCUAUCGGCAUCGCGCCAGAUGGAACGCCGGAAAAUAUUUGGCCGGAACCUGAUAAACAUCGUGAAAGAACACCACAAGGCUUUCCUGGCGUCUCUCAACCCUCCGAUGGCGGUGCCAGAGCACAAGCUGACUAGGUGGCACCCCCGGUUCAAUCUGGACAGUGUGCCCGACGUUGUGCCCGCCGCCUUGCCUCAGCCGCCCGAGGUGGACAAGAUCACCUCCGCUCAGGAGGUGCUGGAGAAGGCGCGCACCAUGUUGACGCCAAAGAUGGAGAAGGCUUUGGCCAACCUGGCCCUGAGGACAGCCGAAACGGGGGCCGCUGCUGGGCUGGAGUCUCCUCGUCCGAUUCCGCCCUCGCCUUCCGGCACACCGGAUAGCCUGAAAGGGGUGUCGCAGUCCUUGCUGGAGAGGGUCCGAGCCAAGGAAGCUCAGAAGAUGCAGGCGCUGAUGACGCGCCACCCCCAGCAAGAGCAGCGGCUGAGCAUGCUGGCGCGCCUCCCGGAGAUGGCCCGCGUCCUGCGCAACGUCUUUGUGGCCGAGAAGAAGCCGGCCCUCCCCCUGGAGGUGGCCUGCCGGCGGAUGAUGGCCAGCUACCGGUCACCCAUGGCACUUGGCGAGAUGGAGAAGCACCUUCGCCUCCUGGCCGAGCUGCUCCCGGCCUGGGCCUGCGUCCUCUCCCUUCGGAAGGACACGUAUCUCAAGCUGGACAAGAACGUGGAGCUCAACAUCGUCAUGGAGAGGCUGGCUGCGAGGACGAAGGAAGAGGAGAAGCUCCGACCCCUCAGGGAGGGGUGGGUGGAGGGGCGUCUUUUAGGGGAACAAAAAUCUCUGCCAGCGGAACUCGUUUAAGACUUGGGGAGUUCUUGCUUUUUUCUCCCUGACCCGUCAGGGCCACGUUGGCGAAUGCAUUUGCCACUUUGCCUGUGCAGGGGGGUUAAGACCCGGCUGUUCCAACCCGGUGUGUGCGUCUGGGGAGCCCUAUUCCAAAGCCACCCAGAGGGGCCAACGGUGAUCCUUCGCCCCCUCGGUUACAGGGUUAGACGGCAGCGCCUGGGCGUUUCCCACACUAGAGCUGAAAUCUCAAGCCACGAGGGGUGGAAGGGAGCCACCAUUGGGCUCCAGGAGAGAUCCGGCGUGGUUGGCUUUCCUUCUCAAACGCCACACUUCACCCUUUCCUGUUUUCCAAAUGAAUUUCUUCAAGGCAGCUUCUCCUUGCUCCAUUGGAGGGCCGGGAGGACAACACCCUCCCUCGGCAAGACCACAAAUAUUCAGGGUUUGUGUUGUUUUUUUAAAGGAAAAAAAAUGAUGCAAGAGUUUCCAUUCUCUGAGCUGACCAGAGUGGGUGGGGCUGCCCGUUUCCAGGAAAGAGAAGUGGAAACCGCUUCUUUUCAUUUUUACUAGCUGACUCAUUAAAAGGAGGAACGAGUUCUGCUCUGAAACGAAAUUUAUAUUUAAACCCUACUAUUAAACUUUUUACUGAUUAA